AUGUUCCUUUUCAACUCUGUUGCCUGUGUUCUUUUGGGUGUCACGCUCAUCCAUGCUCAGAGCCCAGUCAGCCUGGGAUGUUUCACCCUUCCGCCAAAUGGGCCGCCACCAGGUACCUUACUUCCUACCCCAGCUAUGAAUGGUGUGGAUUGUGCCAGGCAAUGUGAUGUUCCCACCCCGACUCAUGAAAGAUGGUAUGGUUUCUUUCUGCCUUCAUCAUUGAUUUCUAUCAACUGCUAUUGCUCAGCUACGCCUCCCCCUAAUGGCGAUUACACAUCCUGUACGAGCAGCGAUGUUUACGAGGCAUACCAAGCCGAAUCGAUCUUCACCUUUGAUGGGUGUUUUUCCUCCGUCUGCGCGUCGAACUUCCAAGAAUUCUAUGUUGACAGUUUCGACGAGUGCAUUGGGAAUUGCUUUUCGAAUAACUGGAUAGUCAUCAAUAUCGCUCCUGAUAAUACUAUUCAUUGUCGAUGUGGUGGAUCAUAUGAAAUCCCUCCUUACAAUCGUCAGGAUAUGGUGGAUUGUAACAAUGAGCCUAACAAUUGGAGAGUGUAUAGAUAUUUCAAUAUUGGACCUAGUGGUAUCGCCCGAAGAGGACAAGGGAAUAGGAGAUCAGGAAGCCAGAAUAAACGACAGGAACUAUGUCCGGAGGGAUUGACGGCUUGUCAGACCUCUAAUGGCGUGGGCACAGGUUAUGAGUGUAUCGAUACCAAUGCUGAGGUCGACUCCUGUGGUGGGUGUGUCCAUGGGGUGUAUGUCCAAGACCAAUGUCAUCCCACUAAUGGCACCACGGGUACCGGUCAAGACUGCAAUGCCCUCCCUGGAAUUCUCCCUCCUGCGGUAGAUUGCAUCGAUGGUCGUUGUAUCGCAUACAAGUGUGAUGGAUCUAACGGCCCAUUCGCACCAUGGUUGUUUCCGCUAAUACCCCGAUCGUAA